CGAACCCGGAAGCGUUGCCAUGGCGGCGGCAGCGGAGGGCCUGCUGGGCGCGCUGGUGGCGCUGCUGGAGACUCACCGGGGCAGAGACCGCGCGGUCCGCACCCUUGGUUAUGGCUGCCAGCUCACAGGGGGGGCUUUGGCUGCCAGGAGCCACCCCACGGAGUCCCCCCUCGGCCAGAGCCUCCUGGCAAUAUCGGCUCAGCUCAGCCACUGCCGGACGGUCCUGCGGCUCUUCGACGACCUCUCCAUGCUCGCCUACAGCCGCCAGUACGGCCUGGGGCCAAAGGAGGAGGACCCUGCCGUCCGCUGGCUCUCGGUGGCCAACAACGUGGCCGACCAGCUCUACUACCCCUGCGAACACCUGGCGUGGGCAGCAGACGCCAAGGUCAUUCGGGGCGACUCGGGGAAGUGGUGGGUGCUGAGCACCCUGCUGUGGGCGACCUCCCUGCUGCUGGGAAUUGCACGAUCCCUGAGGAUUUUGUGCCGGCUGAGAAGACAGCAGCAGAAGCAGACCAGCAAGGACUCCCUUCGGAGGGCGAGGGUGCGGGCCCAGGCCGAAGCCCUGACCAUCGCCGGCAACCUGGCGGACCUCUGCAAUGCUGUCCACUGGCUCCCCCCGGGGGUGCUGUGGGCCGGGAGGUUCCCCCCGUGGCUUGUGGGGCUGCUGGGGACAACGUCGUCCCUCAUCGGGGUGUACCAGACCUACGUGGGGGGAGCCGCGUGAGAGGAAGCGUCCUG